AUGAAUCCUUCGGGAUCCCCUGGCGUGCGAAUGAAUUUUCUUGUGAUUCCAGAUGGGUCCGUCGGAAGCGAGGCGGAGGAUCCCUCCCUCUCUCCCCCUUCUGAGGAUGCAUUACACGCCAUGCACGUCGAAAGAGAUUUGUCUACCAUUUGUCUAGACGAAAGGAGUCCUCACCGUGAAGAAUGUCACGGAGUGAAGUCCGAAGUUUCUCAGAUCCCCGCCAAGCAGAAGCUUCAGCGUUUAAGCAGGAGCGGACAACAUGCCGAAGAUGGUGAAACCAAAAUCGAAGAAACAGAAGUGAUGAUACCUUGCGAGAUCUGUUCUCGGCCCAUCCCGAUCCACAAACUCGACUUUCACCAGAUGGAGUGUCAGGCUGGCUAUUUCUUGGAAACUGUAGAUGGUGAAGGGCUUUCCAGUCCUUUACGAAACAUUUCCAUCCCCCUUUCGCCCAAUCAAGAUGUGAAAUCAAAGACACAGGUAAAUACGUUGACUGUUCUGCAUGAGGUGGAAGAAGACGAGUCGUAUGACACUGCUGAAGAAGAGUCGAGGGAGGACCCCAUCCAAGCAGCGACUGUCAACCACGGUCAGAGGCACGAAGAACCUUCCCCUGCUGCCUUAGCAAAGAGCAAAGGAAAUCAAGAAGUAACUGACACUAAAGGAAGUCAUGCAAUCCCCUCAUCCUUCACUAUCGAUCCUCGGUACGAAGACUCGUACAAUGAUCCAGCUCUCCUGCCAUACUUGGAGCAGUUGAAAGGCCUGGACGCCGAUUCUCCAGACGAGGAGAUCAUGGAGCGCCUGCGCCUCAUCCUGUCGCAAGUUCCAGAAGACGAUGACGUCGGCAUCAUUCCGUGUCAAUUUUGCCAUUCGCUGCUGCCGUUUGAUGAGUUCGAGGUCGUUCUACACCAGACCGGAUGCGGACGAGAAGUGUUCCUCGGGGCUGAAUACGGAGAUCUUUGGAUACAAUGUCGAAGUUGCUCCUUCUCGUUUCCACUCCAGGAGAUCCAGGAACACGAAGACACUUGCCGAAAUGAUGCGCAGAGGAAGGAAGACUUGCCUGUCCGGAAAGCUGAGUAUGACAAUUGCGACGUGGAGAAUCAAUACUUCUCCUCAGAUCAGUAUCCAUAA